CAAAAGGCUCCUGAAGAAUUGGAUGCAGGUUACAAAUGAAUUUGUGAACGGGAAUCCCAAACACAACAACACGUCAGUUUUGCUGUCUCCAGAUACUUAAAGGGUGACCGGAUAUUUCUUUUGUGACACCAAUAUAUCAGUUGUUGAUCCUUGGAGAUGAAGAAUUGUCUCAUUCCAGCGGGAAACAUGUUUUGUGUCUGAAAUGAAAUUUUCUGUUCUAACACAGUGAAAUCCACUGGAACCAGGAAGCUGAGAACACACCAGCAUUUGUUCACUGGAGAUUAGUUUUGCAACUCAUUGUUUCUACAAGUGAUUAAUGACAUGUGAUAUGUUGUUCUCUCAGUGUGAAUAAGGAUUUUAUCACUCAGCCAACCCAGAGACACACCAGUGAAUUCACAGUGUGAGGCUCAGUGUAUGAGACAGGAUACAGACAGUCAUCCAGCCUGAAGAUACGUCAGAAAAUUCACAGCAGUGAGAGUCUGUUCACUUGUUGCAUGUGUGGGAAGAGAUUCACUCAUUCAGCCCACCUGCAAACACGCUGAUGAGUCAGUCAGUUCACACUGGGGAGAGACCAUUCACCUGCACAGACUGUGGGAAGGGGUUUACUCGGUCAUCCAGUUUACACAGACACCGGGAAGUUCACACUCGGGAGUGGUCAUUUACCUGCUCAGACUGUGGGAAGGGAUUCACUCAAUUAUCGAACCUCCUAGCACACCAGCGAAUUCACACUGGAGAGAGACCAUUCACCUGCUCAGAUUGUGGGAAGGGCUUUACUUGGUCAUCCAGUUUACGAAGACACCAGAAAGUUCACUCUGGCGAGAGGCAGUUCACCUGUUCAGUUUGUGGGAAAGGAUUCAUUGGAUCAUCUGACCUACUGGCACACCAGUCAGUUCACACUGGGGAGUGCCCGUUCACCUGCUCAGAUUGUGGGGAGGGAUUCAUUCUUUCAUCUCGUCUGAAGGAACAUCAGCGAGUUCACACUAGAGAGAAGCCAUUCACCUGCCUAGACUGUGGGAAGAAAUUCAGACACUCAUCCAGUCUAAGGAAACAUCAGCGAGUUCACACUGGAGAGAGGCCUUUCACCUGCUCUGAAUGUGGGAAGGGAUUCACAGACUCAUCCAAGGUACAGAGACACCAGCUGGUUCACACUGGGGAGAGGCCGUUCACCUGCUCUGAAUGUGGGAAGGGGUUCACAGACUCAUCCAAGCUACGGAGACACUGGCUGGUUCACACUGGGGAGAAACCAUUCACUUGCUCAGACUGUGGGAAGGCAUUCACUCACUCAUUCCAACUGAAACUACACCAGCGAAUUCACACUGGGGAGAAACCGUUCACUUGCUCAGACUGUGGGAAGGCAUUCACUCGGUCAUCUCAACUGAAGGAACAUCAGCGAAUUCACACUGGGGAGAAACCAUUCACCUGCUCAGACUGUGGGAAGGCAUUCACUCGGUCAUCUCAACUGAAUGCACAUCAGCGAGUCCACACUGGGGAGAAACCGUUCAGCUGUUCUGAAUGUGGGAAGAGAUUCACUCGGUCAUCUGACUUGAAAAUACAUCAGCGAGUUCACACUGGGGAGAGGCCAUUUACUUGUUCAUACUGUGGGAAGGGAUUCAUUCGGUCAUCUGAACUGAAUGCACAUCAGCGCUUUCAUACUGGGGAGAAACCGUUCAUCUGCUCAGACUGUGGGAAAAGAUUCACUUUGUCGUCUCAUCUACUGACACAUCAGUUAGUUCACACUGGAGAGAAACCAUUCAUCUGCUCAGACUGUGGGAAGGAUUUCACUCGGUCAUCUGGCUUAAAAGUACAUCAGCGAGUUCACACUGGGGAGAAACCAUUCGCCUGCUCAGACUGUGGGAAGGAGUUCACUCGGUCAUCUGACUUGAAAGUACAUCAACGAGUUCACACUGUGGAGAAGCUGUUCGCCUGCUCUGUAUGUGGGAAGGGAUUCACAGACUCAUCCAAGCUACAGAGGCACCGGCGAGUUCAUACUGGGGAGAGGCCGUUUACCUGCUCUGAAUGUGGGAAGGGAUUCACUCAGUCAUUCAACCUUUUGUCGCACCAGCGAAUUCACACUGGGGAGAGGCCGUUCACCUGCUCAGAAUGUGGGAAGACAUUCGCUCACUCAUCUACCCUACAGAGACAUGAACGAGUUCACACUGGGGAGAGGCCAUUCACCUGCUCUGAAUGUGGGAAGGGAUUCAUUCAGUCAUCCACGCUACAAAAGCACCAGUUAGUUCACAUUGGGGAGAAACCAUUCACCUCAGAUUGUGGGAAGAGAUUCACUCAGUCAUCUGACUUGAAACUACAUGAGCAAGUUCACACUAGAGAUAGACCAUAGAUAUAGGAGCAGAAUGAGGCCUUGUAACCCAUUGAGUCUGUUCCAUCAUUUCAUCAUGGCUGAUCCAAUUUUCCUCUCAGCCCCAGUCUUCUGUCUUGUCCCUGUAUCCCUUCAAACCCUGAACAAUCAAGAAUUUGUCUUUAAUAUACAUAAAGAAUUGGCCUUCACAGCUGCGUGUGGCAAAGAAUUCCACAGAUUCACAACUCUCUGUCCAAAGAAAUUCCUCCUUAUCUCCAUUCUAAAAGGACACACCUCUAUUCUGAUGCUCUGUCCUCUGGUCUUAGACUCUUCCGCCACAGGAAAUAUCCUUUCCACAUCCACUAAAGGCCUUCCACCAUUCGAUAGAUUUCAAUGAGAUCACCCCUCAUUCUUCUGAGUUCUAGUGAAUACAGGCUCAGAGCCAUCAAACGCUCUUCGUAUGACAAGCCAUUAAGUCCUGGAAUCAUUUUUGUGAACCUCUUUUGAACCCUCUCCAGUUUCAGCACAUCCUUUCUAAAAUAACCUGCACACAAUACUCUUAAGUGAGGCCUCACCGGUGCUUUAUACAUUCCAACAUUUCAUCCUUGUUUUUAAUAGACCUCUUGAAAUGAAUGCUAACAUUGCAUUUGCCUUCCUCACCAUGGGCUCAGCCUGCCAAUUAACCUUUAGGGAAUCCUGCAUAUGGACUCCCCAAGUCCCUUUGCUCCUCAGAUUUUUGUACUUCUCUCCAUUUAGAAAAAAGUCAACCUUUUCAUUUCUUCUACCAAAGUGCAUGAGCAUAUGCUUCCUGACACUGUAUUCCAUCUGCCAUUUCUUUGCCCAUUCUUCUAAUCUGUCUAAGUCCUUCUGUAGCCUCUGUACUUCCUCAAAACUACGUGUCUUCAUAUCAUCUGCAAACUUUGCAACAAAGCUAUCAAUUCCAUUAUCCAAGUCAUUGACAUAUAACAUAAAAAGAAUCAGUCCCAACACAGACUCCUGUGGAACACCACCAGUCACUGGCAACCAACCAGGAAAGGCUUCUUUCAUUCCCACUCUUUGCCUCCUGCCAAUCAGCCACUGCUUUAUCCACGCCAGAAUCUCUCCUGUAAUACCAUGGGCUCAUAGCUUGUUAAGCAGCCUCAGUUGUGGCACCUUGUCAAAGGCCUUCUGAAAAUCCAAGUACACAACAUCAACCAAUUCUCCUUUACCUAUCUUGCUUGUUACUUUUUCAAAGAAUUCCAACAGAUUUGUCAGGCAAGAUUUUCCCUUGAGGAAAAUGGCCUAUGGUCGAGUAUUAAAGGCAGCAGCUCAUGUAGUUUUUUGUUGGAGGUUUGAGCAGUGUCCACUCAGCAUUUGGGAUCGACUAGCAAGAAGAACUUAAAGUUAGGCAGGAGCAAGUGGGGCAGCCAGUGUCAGAGUGAACAGAGUCGGGGUGGAGAUUUUGAGGUGUUAGCUCUUCGAAGUUUCAGUGAGGAGAGCAUUCAAAGGUACAUUUAAUGUCAGAGAAAUGUGUAAAGUAUGCAUCCUGAAAUUCUUUUUCUUCGCAGCCAUCCACGAAAACAGAGGAGUGCCCCAAAGAAUGAAUGACAGUUAAAUGUUAGAACCCCAAAGCCCCCCCCACAGCUCCCCCCUCCCGAGUGUAAGCUGAAGCAAAGCAACGCAACGACCUCUCCCCCUCCCUUACCAGCAAAAAAAAGCAUCGGUGCCCCCCAUGAGCACUCAAACAUGCAGCAAAGCAUUAAUAAAGACACAGACUUGCAGUACCCCAAAGGCUACUCAUUCACCCAGUAAUUCGACAUAGUUUCUCUCUCUCUCUCUCACUCACUCACUCACUCACACACACACACACACACACACACACACACACACACACACACACACACAAGAGGUGUCCCUGUUUCACAGCGAGAGGGGAGACAUAACAAACAACUCACUGAUUUAUGAUGUUAAAAGUCUGUUGCGUCGCUUUUUCCAAGCUCUGUGCCCAAAGAAUUCGGGCCUCUGGGCACACAACCAGCAGCCAGUUUGCUGCUUUCGAUCUUCUGGGUACUCCCAUCACAUACCAGAUUCCUGCAGAGACACUGACCUUGAGUCCGCCUGCCUCCAGAGCCACGAAAUCCCGAAACCUUGAAGGCGCGCUAGUCUUCUAGGCCACAUCCUUGGUACAUCGAAUAAUGGCCAGUCGUGAGACCCCGAGAGCGGGUCCCAUUCCCACAAAGAACUGAAAUCAGCAUAUAACUCCAGGUUAGGGUCUUCAAAAGAAAGUUGAAAGGGAAAAAUAGAGAUAGUAAAGAUAGAAAUGGAGCUGUUUCUGAAGAAUCAAGCAAAGGAAUUGCCGUUAGGCACCAUCGUCUCCUAAGCUCCACCCUGCAAUCAGUUAGAGAAGGUAUAAUUAAGCUGAAGAUAGAGAUUUUUUUGUCCCCUUCUUUACAGUUGCUCAGUGAGAACAGUAGGGGUGACUCCUGUGGGAUGUGGAAAGGAGGAGACACCUUCAGUGUCCCUGAUGACUACACCUGCGAGAAGUAGAUCCAGUUGUAGCUUCAACAAUCUGCGUAAAGGAGUUGAAGCUGGAACUGAAUGAACGGAUCAUUCAGGAAGCUUCUGGGGUGAUAGAUAUGACAUAUAGAGAGGUAGUUGCACACAGGAAACUGGGUGACAGAAAAAGGAAAGGUGUUAAACAGCCAUUGAAGAGUACCCCUGUGGUCAUCCCCCUCAGCAACUGGUAUCUCACUUGUUGGAGUGGGGAUGACCUAGUAGAGGAAUGUCAUAGCCAUUGGAUGUCUGGCUCUAUGAGUCUGGCGGGUGGGGCGGGGGAGAGAGUUGACCUGUUUUGAUAAGUGAUGCAUUAGUUAAGGAAACAGUCUAGAUAUUCUGUGGGUGACAACGCUAUUUCAGAAUGGUAUGUUGCCUCCGGUGUGCUAGGGUCCAGGACAUCACUGGUAGAGUGUCCAGCAUUCUUAAGGAAGGUGAACACCGAAGGACAUGGUCCAUGUGGAUGCCAAUGAUAUGGGCAGGUAGAGUAAUGAGGUUCUGCUCAGGGAGUGAGAUGCUAAAGUAAAGGACAGCACAUCCAGGGCUGUGAUCUCGAUUACUACCUGUGCCACGUACCGGUAACAUGAAGGUUAUACAAUUUAACACGUGGCUAAGGAGUUGGUGCAGGAGGGAGGGUGUAAGAUUUUUAAAUAAUUUGAGCUGGCGAAGAUUGUGUGUGCAGGAGGGUGACUGUGUUGGGGCAGAAGGGGCAUCGUUGAUGGAGGGUGGAGGGGAUUGACAGGUCUCUCACACACAACAAACACAUGCAGUUGUGGGUAUGGAGUGUAAGGUAGAUGGUGAAGUAGUAGGAGGGGAGUGUGAAGGGGAAUCUCCUUCAGAAAGUCCCAACACAUUUUGAUAAUAGAUUUAUUUUGAACUUAAACUGAAAUGUAUUUUUUGUAAAACGUACUCAAACGUACCCAAGAGUGGAAAACAAACCCAUCAGCUCCACUUCUCUGUGCUGGCCAAGAAUCCCCACCUGAGUCUAUCUCAUCUGUCUAUGCCUGACCUGUCUCCCUCUAAAGUUUCCUUUUUGUGUACCUGUCCCAGUGUCUUUUAUUUUCCUUCUCAACCUCAUUUUUCUGCCUUCUCCCCAUAACCUUUCACGUCCUUACACUGAUCAACCUCUUUUAAUAAACUUGAUAAAUUGGCCUCUGAGCCCAUCCAUGGCCGUGAAUUCCACAGAAUCACAACCAGCUGGCUAAAGAAAUUUCUCCUCAUCUCUCUAAAUGCAAGCUCUCUGGUAUUAGAUAUUUUGACCCAAAUAUACCAACUAUCAACUCUAUUAUGUUUCCCAUAAUCUUAUCCGCCUGAGCCUCCUCCACUUCAGACAAAACAACCCGAUUGUCUGAACUCUCCUUACGCAGUAGCUCAUGCCUCUGAACCAGAAAGCAUCCUGGUGAACCUCUUCUGCCCCCUCUCCAGUGUAUCCGUAUUAUAGUGGAGAAAAGGGAACGACAGAGGCAAAAGGGAGGAGCUGUCCACAGUUGACUGGAAUUACACACUAGCAGAAUAACAGAAUAGCAGCAAUGGGUGGAGUUUCUGGGUCCAAUGCAAAAGGCACAGGAUAGAUACAUCCCAAAGAUGAAGAAAUAUUCUAAAGGGAGGAUGAGGCAAUUGUGGCUGACAAAGGAAGUCAAAGACAGCAUAAAAACAAAAGGGAGGACAUAAAAUCUGGUAAAAAUUAGUGGGAAUCAAGCUUUACAAACCAACCGAUGCCAUCUAAAAAAAGCAGUAAAGAAAGAAAAGAUGAAAUAUGAAGGUAAGUGACAGUAAAAUAGAUCAUAAUAGGAGCAGAAAUUGGCUCUUUGUCCUAUUGAGUCUGCUCUGCAAUUUCACCAUCAUAAAUCCAUUUUUCCUCUCAACCUUAAUCUUCUGUAGUCUCUCUAUAUCCUUUCAUGCCCUGUCUGAAUGAGAAUCUAUCAACCUCUGUCUUAAAAAUAUACCCAAUGACUUGGCCUCCACAGCUACCUGUGGCAACGAAUUCCACAGAUUCCCCACUCUCUAACAAAAUAAAUUACUCCUCUUCUGAAAGGAUGCCCCCCUAUUCUAGACUCUGUCCUCUGGUCUUAAAUUCCAAUAGAUUUCCCAGGCAAGAUAUUUCCUUAAGCAAACCAUGCCGACUAUGGCUUAUUUUAUCCUGUGCCUCCAAGUACCCCAAGGCACGAAUUGAAACAAACCCUGACUGGUCAAAGCAAAAUUGUAAAUGAAACAGCACUGAAGAUUUGUUCUCUUCUGGAGUGAUUGUAUUCCUGGCCCCCGAAGGGUGGAGGAGAUGCAGCAAACCAAAAAUAAACUGGCGCUGUACUGCAAAGGCACACAUGAAGACGCUGAACCUCACGUGGAGCACAAUAGAGGAGAUGGCCAAGGAAAGAAAGAGAUGGAGGUCUUCAUAGCUAUCCAAAAACACCAGCAGUGUAAGGGUCUAUAAGUAAGUGGUGCAUUAUUGAUUAAUAAUCGUGCAAAGCUGACAAGUAGAAGGCAGCAGAAUGGGGUUCAGAGGGAAAGUCCAUUAGCCACGAUUGAAUGGUGGGGAAGACAGAAGGCAGUGGAGGCCAAUUCUCUGGAUUUUUUCAAAAAAGAGUUAGAUAGAGCUCUUAAAGAUAGCGGAGUGAAGCGAUAUGGGGAGAAGGCAGGAAAAGGGUACUGAUUGUGGAUGAUCAGCCAUGAUCACAGUGAAUGGUGGUGCUGGCUCAAAGGGUUGAAUGACCUACUCCUGCACCUAUUGUCUAUAAGACUGAAUGGAUAUUUCUGGUCCUGUGACUAAUGGUACAGCAGUGAGAUAGCAAAGAGGUGGGGAGUAAGGUGUGGGUGCAGGUAAGAGAUGGUGUCCAGGGAGGAGGUGGUUGGUAUCAAACACCUUUCUGCUACGUCUUAUAACAAACAAUUAACCCAAGAGUGCAUCAAUCAUAAGAGUGUUUGCUUGCAGCAAGGGAAGACUAGCACUGCACAAGACCUGGUAUUAGCUUUGGAAAAGAAAACAUAGUACUCCUAGUCACUCCCUCAGAUACAAGUUCAAAGACAGUGCAUUCUGUUAGUCUACUGAACCAGUGUAUUUAGCACUCUUCCAGUAAAGUACACAGGUUCUAUUAGCAUAAUGUUACACUAGCAUUAUUAGCAAAGCAGUCUGAUACAAUAAGCGUUCCAUUUUGUUGCAGACAAAAAUUCCAUUUCGAUACUAUAAGUGCAGUAACAUUUUCACUGUGGUGAAACAUCCCUACACCCCUUGCCCUCUGUGAAAACCCUUCCAACUCCUACACCACUCCCUUUUUCUGUAAACCCCUCCACAACACCUGCAUACGUGCGCAUGCAUAAGGGUCACAGUUCCUGAAAAUCGCGCAUGUGCUCAAUAAACAUAAAGACCUUGCCGAAAUAGCAGCAGGUGGGAGCAAGGAUUUCAUCGGCACCAGCAUCUGAACCGCAGCUGAGGGACAAUUACUGUGAGCUCCAAACACACAGUGGCUCUGCACCCCGGGACAGUCCCGCUCCUUUCCCUCUCUCAGCUGCUUGAUCUGUACAUGGGCUCUUGGGAGCUUUUUGCUGAUGAUGUCGCCAUUUCUGUAACGCACGUGCAUUGAUGUGAACAGAGCGGAUAAAAGGGGCCUCUUGCAUUUUGUGUGUGUUGCCUGGAUUUCCAGCAUCUGCAGAAUUUCUUUCUUUUCAAAUAUUAUUAUUAUUAUCCAAAAUUAACAAGAGUACAUCGAAGCAGACAACACUUACAUUAUCUCAAGGAAAAAAAAAACAUUGUUUUAAAGAUUGAAAACAUUUUGAUGUAAAAAAAAGAAAAAAAAAUCCCUACUAAAAUAAAGUGAGAAAAAAACCCAUUAGGUGUUCAACCCCAGAGCCGUGCAUCAUACAAAAAGCUUCUAAAGAUAAACAUCAAACCGCCAGCAAGAAAAAAAAUGUAACAAAAAUUUACAAUUAGAUCGUGGAGGAAAUCUAUCAAUUAACUCAAAUGAUAGUAACGAGCAAAUGAACCCCAUCUUUUCUCAAAAUCAAACAUAGGUUCAAAGGUUUGACUCUUAAUUUUCUCCAAACUAAGCCAUAGCAUCACUUGAGAGAACCACUGUGACAAAAUGGGAGCCAGCGUAUCCCUCCACUUCAACAAAAUGGCCCUCCUAGCUAUCAAUGUAACAAAUGCAAUAACAUGUUGAUCAGGCAGAGAGAUACCACGGAUAUUUUGAGGAAUUAUUCCAAAAAGCACAGUUAAUUUGUUAGGUUGUAAAUUAAUUUUAAGUGCUUUAGAAAUUGUAGAAAGAACUGACUUCCAGAACUGUUCUGGUAUAGAACAAGACCAAAACAUGUGUGUCAGUGUAGCUGUCUCAGUUUUACAUCUAUCGCAAUCACUAUCAACAUUAGGAAACAUUUUAGACAAUCUCUCCUUCGUCAAAUGGUAAUGAUGUACAAUUUUAAAUUGAAUCAGUGAAUGACUUGCACAGAUUGAAGAAGAGUUAACCAACUUCAGAAUCCACGUCCAGUCCUCCAACAUAAAAGUCAAAUUAAGUUCCUUUUCCCAAUCUUGUUUAAUCUUAAAUAAAGGACGCUUAUCCCAUUGUAAUAGUAAAUUAUAAAUUCUUCCAAUUGAACCCUUCAUCAGAGGGUUCAUACUGGUAAUAGUAUCUAACAGGUUGACAUCCUAUAUGUAAGGAAAAUUACUUAAAUAUUUUUGUAAGAAAUGUCUAAUGAAGGUUUUGUAAAAAUGUGAGUAUGAAAGAGAAUAUUUAUCAACUAAUUGUUCAAAAUCAGUCUACCUUCUUUAAAUAAAUACAAAAAAGAAUUAAUACCUUUAUUUUUCCAAAGUAAAAAAAUUGGAUCACUCAAAGAAGGCUUAAAAAAGUAAUUUCAAUAAAUUAAACUACAAAGUUUAAUUUUUUUAAUUAAAAAAUUACAGAACUGGAGCCAAGUUUGUAAAGAAUGCUUAAUCACAUGGUAUAAAUUUAAAUUAGCAACAUUAGCUAAUUGUAUAGGUAAAGCAGCUCCCAAUAAUGAAGUUAAAUAAAACUGUUUCACAGCUUUCAAUUCCAAGUCUACCCAAACUGGCCGAUCAUUCAACUCAGUGUAACCAAAAGGAUAUAUGUCGCACAUUAACAGCCCAGUAAUGCAUUCUUAAAUUAGGCAAAGCAAGACCUCCAUCCUUUUUCAACUUUUGUAAGUGACAUUUAUUAAUACUUGAUCUUUAAUUAUUCCAAAUAAAAGAUAAAAUAAUAGAAUCAAUCCGAUCAAAAAACUUAGAAAAACAGAGAUAUUCUGAAAUAAAUAUAAAAUUUUUGGUAAAAUCAUAAUUUUGACUAUAUGGAUACGAUCAACAAGUGAAAAUUUAAGUGGGUUCCAUCUACUAAAUAAAUACUUCAUAUAAUCUACCAAGGGAACAAAAUCAGCUGUAUAAAGAUCCUUAUAUUUUUUGGUGAUUAUAACACCUAAAUAUCUAAAGGAAUCCGUGACUUUGAAAGGAGUAUUACAUAUAGAAACAGUUCACUUUACUUAAAUUUAUUUUAUAUCCUGAAAAAUCUCCAAAUUCAUUAAAUAAUUUUAGCAAAGCAGGAAUAAAUUCCUCGGGAUUGGAUAUAUAAACCAGUAAAUCGUCAGUGUAAAGAGAAAUCUUAUGAAUGGUCUCAUUCACAAAAACCCCAUAAAUAUCUUUAGCUUUAUGAAGAGCAAUAGCAGGGGGUUCUAAUACUAAAUUAAAUAACAAAGGACUUAAUGGACAACGUUGUCUUGUCUCCCAUGAAAGUUGAAAACAGGGGAUCUACAGUUAUUAGUAAUAACAGUAGCAAUAGGAGGUUUAUAUAUCAUUCUAAUCCAAUUAUUAAAAUUAACACCAAUGCCAAAUUUCUCUAAAACAUUAAAUAAAUAUUUCCAUUCAACCCGAUCGAAUGCUUUUUCAGCAUCCAAAGAGACGAUGCAUUGUGGAGUUUUAAAAGAGGAUGAAUAUAUAAUGUUAAAUAAUCUCUGAACAUUUCAAAAAGAAUAACGACCCUUUAUAAAGCCUGUUUGAUCUUUAAAAAUACUUUUACCCAAGAUAUUUUCCAAAUGAUUGGCCAUUAUCUUUGACAGAAUCUUCUCAUAUUCGAAAUAGGUCUAUAUGAGGCGCAAUCAGUAGGAUCUUCAUCCUUUUUAAAAUUAAAGAAAUAGAAGCCUCAUAAAAAGUGGAGGAUAAAUCACCUUUCACAAAAGAAUCCUUAAACAUUUCCAACAUAUACGGAGAAAGCAAUUUUCCAAAUUUUUUAUAAAAUUCUACAGGAUAGCCAUCAAGUUCAGGGACCUUACCAGAUUGUAUUGAAAAAAUAGCUUAAUGAAUUUUGGCUUAAGUAAUUUGGGCAUCAAGAGUUUUUUGAUCCCCAACAGAAAUUUUGGGGAAAAGCAAUCUUUCAUAAAAAAAAGCAUUCAUUUUGGAAGAAUCUACUGGACAUUGAGAUUUAUAAAGUUCAGUAGAAAUAUCUUAUUAAUUUCUUCAUAUUCCCAAGCCAGGGUACCAUCUUUCCUAUGGAUUUUCAAGAUUUGCCUUUCGGCUUUAGCCGUUUUUAAUUGA